AUGUCAAAAACGUCGACAUCAAAGAGUACAGACGAUAACAGCCUUAGUCCCACGGGUGGAGAGAGGACAGAUGCGAAAGAGCGGCGCCCUGUUGCCCUUUCACCCGACACUGGGUCGGCCUGGAUUGUGGCUUUUGCUUCCAUGAUGAACAUUUUUUUGCAAGUGGGUUUGUAUCGAAGUCUGGGCAUCUUCGUUGUGAACUUGAUAGAGAUAUAUGACGCCCCGACGGCCAAGGUGUCUUUAAUCUUCACUUGUGUCGCAAUAGGAUUCGGGGCAACAUCUAUUCUCUUCAUCUGUGGUUUUGGAGAUAUAUUCCACGAGAGGGCACUGGUCGCUGCUGCCACUUUUCUGGCCUUCGUUGGACACAUAGUGACAUUCUUCAGCACCAGAAUUGAACACAUCUAUGCAAUGGGAUUUUGUACAGGAGCAGCUAUACAGAUUGCAAUGGCAUGCGGUCUGAGCUUAGCUGGCCGGUAUUAUGAUAAAAGACGGACUGUUGCCAGCGGGAUCGUCAUGGGUGGUGUUAGCUUGGGUGUUUUGGUAUUUCCCCCUGUCCUACAAUGGCUGCUGGACGAAUAUACUUACAGAGGAACUGCUUUGAUAUCCGCCGGCUUGAAUCUGAAUUCGCUGGUGUGUUGUUCUCUAAUGAUGCCUGCCCCAAGAGACGUGGGACCACAAAAGGUUUCGCCAGAACAAAAUGAUUGCGGUCUCCGGCCUGCUGCUGGACUUUCUAAGUUCAAGGAUAAGACGACAGAAAGCGAUCUUCCGACAACUGCCACUGUCAGUGUCUUAGAUCUUAAACCUAACCACGAUACAGCCCAAAGUUUUGCCGCAAAUGCUCAUUCGAAUCCCGCCUUUGUUACUGAAAUGGAAGACUUUGUCUCAGAAUCCCAAAGGGAAGUAACUCAAAUUUCACGGAAAGAAAACACAAGCGAAGAUCGCCGAUCUGAAGGCUGUUUUGAAGUGUUUGUAAUAGCUGUGAGGCGAUUUUCCCUCAAAGACACCACAGAUAGACCUGCUAAUGUAUCUGUUUGGAAAACCUUGUUCCCCAGCGUAUCUCUGCUAAAAAGUCCUGCCCUACUGUUUUUCCAAAUCUUUGUUUUUUGCUCAACUUUGUGCAGCGAAUGCGUGGUGCAGUUUUAUCCCGCCUUCACCAGAGAACUGGGGAUGUCAGAAUACCAGUCCGCCUUUCUAUUGUCCAUGGCCGGAGUUGGGGAUUUGCUAAGCCGUGUUGGGUUAGGCUUGUUAGGUGAUUACAACUUCAUAGCACGCUACAAACUCGUCAUGAUUCCACAGUUUAUUCUGGGCACGACUUGCUUCCUUUCUAGAUUCGCCACAGAAUUCUGGUCGCAGGGUAUCUUCGCGGUCAUCAUUGGUCUGACGUAUGGUACCGGCUACGCUUUUAGAGCCGUUAUAUUGAUUGAUUUUUUUGGUCUACAGAAAUUGAACAGAUUACUGGGUAUGAGUAAUUUUGUGACCGGCCUUGGAUUUGCUGCCGGGAGUCCGUUAAUGGGAAAUUUGCGAGACUUAACUGGGGACUAUAAAGUGCCUUUUCAAACACUAGGGGCGUUUCUCUUCUCUGGCGGCUUGAGUAUACUGGUGGCUGGAGCUUGCAUAUGGCGUCAGAGACGAAGUCGAUGCCAAUAUGAUUUGGAAUAG